CUCUGCCAAGGCAAAUGGAGGAGGGGCUUGAAGGAGACUGACCCUGGACUCAGCCUCUCAGCAUUAUGGCUCCGCCUUCCUAUCCGGCAUCCCUCUCUGAGUGGCUGCAAGACUGCGAAGACUACAGUUGCAGGCAGAAAAGCCAGGGGCGGAAGUCGCCAUGGUGCGGUUCAAGCACAGGUACCUACUCUGCGAAGUGGUGUCUGACGACCCCCGCUGCCGCCUGAGUCUGGAUGACCGAGCGCUGUGCGGCCUUGUGCGGGACACGAUUGCUCGCGUACACGGGACUUUCGGUGCAGCCGCCUGCUCCAUAGGCUUUGCGGUGCGAUACCUCAAUGCCUAUACUGGAGUAGUGCUCCUUCGAUGCCGAAAGGACUUCUACCAGCUGGUGUGGUCAGCUCUCCCCUUCAUCACACACUUGGAGAACAAAGGACACCGUUACCCGUGUUUUCUCAACACCCUACAUGUGGGAGGUACAAUUAGAACGUGUCAGAAGUUCCUGAUUCAGUACAACAGGAGACAGCUGUUGAUCUUGUUGCAGAACUGCACUGAUGAAGGAGAGCGGGAAGCUAUCCAGAAGUCUGUCACAAAAAGCUGUUUACUAGACAGAGAAUCGGGCGAGGAGGAACUUUCAGACGGUGGUGAUGAGGUGGCUGAAGCAAUGGAGUGAACCUGUGCAGGCUGUGCGGUGCCCAAGCCUCAGGGCCCACUGGUUGGAGCAGGAUGUUCUGGGAGGCAGCAGGGUCUUCCACCUUUCUAGGACCCGCGUUCUCCAUAACAAAUUGGAUGCCACUUGAAGUCCUUGACACAUCUGAUAGAUGUUUUGACUUUUGCUUCAGUGUGACCUCUCAUCUCAGGCUGGAACACCCUCAUCCCCACAGAGUUCCUGAACUGGGAUUUUUAAACUGCUUCCUUUUAAGAAUGACAAGUUAGCCUUGGAUGGUGUGGCUCGGUGGAUUGAGCGCCAGCCAGCAAACCAAAAGGUCACCGGUUUGAUUCCCAGUCAGGGCACGUGCCUUGUGGACCAGGUCCUUACUGGGGGGCACCAGAGAGGCAACCACACAUUGAUGUUUCUCUUCCUCCCUCCCUCCCCCUCUGUGUAAAUACAAAUUCUCUAAAAAUGAAUAUAUAUUAAAAAAUAGAAUGACAGGUUAAAGUCUAAGCCCAGCUCGUGAACCCUUUUUAUUCAGACUUGACACUAGCAAAGACAUUACUGCGUGAGAGCAGAACUGCUCAAGCUCACAGCAGUUGUUACUUUAACCUAUUUGAUAAGUAGGUCUAGCUGACCUGAAUUGAACUUUAAUAAAACAAAAAGCUCACA